GUUAGGCGCCUUCUUCCGGGAACGAGCCGGAUUGUGAGAGAACCGCGGGAGGGCGGGCGAGUCACGCUUCAGGCAAACGGCGGCGACGGGGAACGUGAAAGUAGCGACAUGUCAACCAACAACGUCGGUUACAACGAGCAGGUCGGGGACGCUCAGCCCGAGGUGGGUCAGGAGGCGGCGCCCACCACAGCCCCCUCCAUGCCGGCGGCCUUCGGUCUUUUCAGCAGCGACACCAAAAAAAAUGAAGACCUGAAGCAAAUGUUGGAAAGCAGCAAAGAUUCUUCUAAGCUAGAUGCUAUGAAGAGGAUUGUUGGGUUGAUUGCCAGAGGAAAAAAUGCAUCUGAAUUGUUUCCAGCUGUAGUGAAGAAUGUAGCAAGCAAAAAUAUUGAGAUUAAAAAACUGGUAUAUGUGUAUCUGAUGCGCUAUGCUGAGGAGCAGCAGGACCUGGCACUGCUAUCAAUUAGCACCUUUCAGCGUGCUUUGAAAGAUCCUAAUCAGUUAAUCCGUGCAAGUGCUUUGAGAGUCUUAUCCAGUAUCAGAGUUCCAAUUAUUGUUCCAAUUAUGAUGCUUGCUAUCAAAGAAGCAUCAGUAGAUUUAUCUCCUUAUGUUAGAAAAAAUGCCGCCCAUGCAAUUCAAAAGCUUUACAGCCUUGAUCCUGAGCAAAAGGAAAUGUUAAUUGAAGUGAUAGAGAAGCUUCUAAAAGACAAGAGCACACUUGUAGCAGGAAGUGUUGUGAUGGCAUUUGAGGAAGUCUGCCCAGACAGAAUAGAUUUGAUUCAUAAGAACUAUCGAAAGCUGUGUAGUCUGUUGGUUGAUGUGGAGGAAUGGGGACAAGUUGUCAUUAUCCAUAUGCUGACUCGAUAUGCACGUACUCAGUUCGUGAGUCCUUGGAAAGAGGAUGGUGUUCAGGAAGAAUAUAGUGAAAAGAAAUUUUAUGAAUCUGAUGAUGAUCAGCAGGAGAAAAAUCAGAAAGUGAACAAGUCCUAUUCCAUGGACCUGGACCACAGAUUACUGAUUCGAAAUACAAAGCCUUUACUGCAAAGCCGGAAUGCUGCUGUGGUGAUGGCAGUUGCUCAACUUUAUUGGCAUGUGGCACCCAUAUCUGAGGCUGGUAUUGUUGCGAAAUCAUUAGUACGCUUACUUCGCAGUAACAGGGAGGUGCAGUACAUUGUUCUCCAGAAUAUAGCAACAAUGUCAAUCCAACGCAAGGGCAUGUUUGAACCUUACUUGAAGAGUUUCUAUGUCAGGUCAACUGAUCCAACUAUGAUCAAGACUUUGAAGCUCGAAAUCUUGACCAGCUUGGCAAAUGAAGCCAACAUAUCUACUCUUCUCAGAGAAUUUCAGACCUAUGUGAAGAGCCAAGAUAAACAGUUUGCUGCAGCUACAAUUCAGGCAAUAGGUAGAUGUGCAACCAACAUCUCAGAAGUGACUGACACAUGCCUUAACGGGCUGGUGUGUUUGCUGUCUAACAGAGAUGAAAUAGUGGUUGCUGAAAGUGUUGUUGUCAUUAAGAAACUGCUGCAGACACAGCCAGCUCACCAUGGUGAAAUUAUUAAACGCAUGGCAAAACUCUUGGAUAGUAUUACUGUUCCUGUGGCAAGGGCUAGCAUCCUCUGGCUUACUGGAGAAUAUUGUGAACGAGUUCCAAAAAUAGCCCCAGAUGUUCUAAGAAGAAUGGCCAAGAGCUUCACUGCUGAAGAUGAUCUUGUAAAGCUGCAAAUUUUAAAUCUCGGAGCUAAAUUGUAUUUAACCAAUUCAAAACAGACAAAAUUGCUUACCCAGUACAUAUUAAAUCUCGGCAAGUAUGAUCAAAGCUACGACAUCAGAGACCGUACAAGAUUUAUUAGGCAGCUUAUUGUUCCAAACGAGAAGAGUGGAGCUUUAAGCAAAUAUGCCAAAAAAAUAUUUCUGGCACAGAAACCUGCCCCGCUGCUCGAGUCGCCUUUUAAAGAUAGGGAGCACUUCCAGCUUGGUACUUUAUCUCAUACUCUGAACAUGAAAGCCAGUGGCUAUCUGGAGUUGUCUAAUUGGCCAGAGGUUGCACCUGACCCUUCUGUAAGAAAUGUAGAAGUAAUUGAGUCGACAAAAGAGUGGACUUCAAUUUUAGGGAAGGCAAAGAAAGAAAAACCCAUUGAAAAGUUCUACUCUGAGUCAGAAGAAGAAAGUGAUGACUCUUCAAGCAGUAGUGAUAGUGAAAGUGAAUCUGGUAGUGAACAAGAAAAAAAGGAAGUAGGAGACAGCAGCAGUGCGGACAGCAGUGGGAGUUCUUCUAGUGAAAAUGAGACUGAUAGGCAGUCCAAGUCCAAAAGAGGAGCUGCUAGGCAAGGGACUGCUGUUACAAAGAGUGACUCUGAAGAUACAGAAGAAAAGAAAGUGAAGUUUAAAAAAGUAAUAUGUUCUUCAAACUCAGAAUCUAGCUCAGAUGAGGAAAGUUCUUCAAACUCCAGCUCAGAAACAGACUCCAAAAGCGAUUCUGAGUUAAGAAAAUCAGCAAAUGCUUCUGUUCCUUCCAAGAAGGAAGAGAAAAUUUUGCAGCAGAAGAGAGGUCUGCCUAAAGAAGUGUCACUGCUAGACUUGGAUGACUUUAAUCCUGUAUCGGCUCCCAUAACACUUUCCAGUGUAACUCUUCUCUGUCCUACUUCAGCUGCUGAUCUAGAAGGCUUAAGUUUGUCAGGUUCUUCAGUCAUUGAUAUCAGCACUCCAGUCUUUGUGCCAAUGAAAACCCAUGAACUGCUACAUCGAAUGAGUGGAAAAGGAUUAGCAGCUCAUUAUCACUUUUCAAGACAGCCAUGCAUUUAUGGUGAUAAAAUGGUAUCUGUCCAAGUAACACUAUCUAACACCACUGAACAGAAGAUUGAGAAUAUCCAUGUAGGUGAGAAGAAGCUGCCUACUGACAUGAGGAUGCACGUCUUUAAUCCAAUAGAAUCUCUUGAGCCUGGGGAAUCUAUUACAACCUCAAUGGGUAUUGACUUCUGUGACUCUACUCAAGCUGCCAAUUUCCAGUUGUGUACAACGGAUGAUCAGUUCAGUGUUAAUAUUCAGCCCCCUGUUGGAGAGUUACUUUUACCAGUCACUAUGUCAGAAAAAGAUUUUGAAAGAGAAAAAGGAAGGCUGACUGGCAUGAAUGAAACAUCUACCACAGUGACUGUUGCACCACAGAACUCCACUCGUCUUGUAAUAUUGCAAAAGGUGGUAAACAUAGCAAACCUUGGUGUUGUUCCUUCUGGUGAAGAUAACAUACACAGGUUUGCAGCUAAAACUGUGCAUAGUGGGUCACUGAUGCUAGUCACAGUGGAGCUGAAGGAAGGGUCUACAGCACGGCUCAUCAUAAACACUGAGAAAACGGUGAUUGGCUCUAUUCUACUGCGGGAGCUGAAGCCUGUCCUGUCCCAGGGGUAACCUGCUUACAUCUGGACUUCAGAAUCUGGCACACAACAAAAGUGCCUGGCAUCCACUACUGCUGCCUUUCAUUUAUAAUAAUAGCCUUUCCAUCUGGCAGUGGGGGAAGAAUACACUCUUGACAUUCUUGUCUCCUGUUUUAGAAUGCUUUAGUGUGUAUCUAUCUAUUACACAAGCAAGUACUUUGCAUCUUUUUUUCCUCUGCUUUCUAGCCAAAGAACAUACAUUUUACUGUCAGCUAAAUUCUUUAAUAUUAUAUACAAGGAACGACAUACACACACACACACCCCAGCCUGGUGCUCUGCUGUGUUUUCUUCCAAUUUUUUCUGUGUUUUUUGCCUGUGUGCAAAGGAAGAGACUGAGUAAUAAGGUACUGGAAAAUCACAGCAGUAAGCUAGUAUUUCAAUAAUUCAAUAUGAAAAAGUAUACAACAUUAGAUGUGUGGAGGUAAAGUUAGGAGAAAUAAAAUGUUGUAAUUAUGGCCCAAAUAAUAUGUGAUUUUGUACCUGAGCAUAUAUUUCUGUCUGAUUGUUUUCCACAGCUCCCUUAAU